AUAUAGUGUGAUUGGUGAGAAGUGGAUAGUGUGUGUUUGAGAGAGAUCGGAGAUGGAGACCAAACCGACAGAAAUCAGCAGCUCAAAGAUGUAUGGAGGGUACAACAAGAGAUACAAGCAUUACAGCCCAACCCUAGGCUGUUCCAUGAAUUUCCACAUUUACUUCCCUCCUCCUCCUUCCAAUUCCCCCAAAUUCCCUGUACUCUAUUGGCUCUCUGGCCUUACUUGCACAGAUGAGAAUUUUAUAGCUAAGUCUGGUGCCCAACGUAUUGCUUCGAGUGAGGGUAUCGCUCUGGUUGCACCAGAUACAUCUCCAAGAGGCCUGAAUGUGGAAGGGGAGGCAGACAACUGGGAUUUUGGUGUAGGUGCUGGGUUUUAUCUCAAUGCCACACAAGAGAAGUGGAAGAAUUGGCGGAUGUAUGAUUAUGUUGUCAAGGAACUGCCAAAACUUCUGAGUGAAAACUUCCCACAACUUGAUACAUCUCGGGCAUCUAUAUUUGGUCAUUCUAUGGGUGGACAUGGAGCUCUGACAAUCUACUUGAAAAACUUGGACAAGUACAAGUCGGUGUCAGCCUUUGCACCUGUAGUCAAUCCUAUUAACUGUCCUUGGGGCCAGAAGGCUUUCACUAACUAUUUGGGUGGAAAUAAAGCUGAAUGGGAGGGGUAUGAUGCCACUUGCCUGAUAACAAAGUGCAAUGAUGUUCGUGCUACAAUUCUAAUUGAUCAAGGAGAGGAUGACAAAUUCUUGCAGGAUCAAUUGAUGCCACACAAGUUUGAGGAGGCAUGCAGGAAGGCCAAUGUGCCGCUCCUCAUGCGGAUGCAGCCUGGUUACGAUCACUCCUACUAUUUCAUUGCUACCUUUGUCGAGGACCACAUCCGCCACCAUGCUCAAGCCCUUAACCUGUAAUUCCUCCAAGCUUGUGUUUUGUUGAGAGAGUUUCAAACACUAUUACUGAAUUGUGACUCUUUAUUAGGUACUUUCACUAUUUUAUCUCUGGAAAAGGUACAAAUAGAAUAUGUGGACUAUAAAAUAUGGUGCUGCUUGAGCUUUUGAGGUAAUGUAAUAAAUGCGAAUGAAUAUGGUUUGUUGUUGUGUCCUGUUUAUUUUAUACUAGUUGGACCCCCAUGAGCAUCGCGUGUGGGGUCGCGCUGUUGUUGAC